AGUCAGUUGAUCCUAAUUACAAUGAUAACUUCGGUCGAAGUGCACUCGCCUGGUCUGCUGAGCAGGGCCAUGAGUCAAUCGUCCAAUUGCUACUUGAUCAUAGCGACAUUCACGUAAAUUAUAAGGAUCGAGACAACCACACACCAUUACAGCUUGCAGUAAAAAGGGGCCAUACAUCGAUAUCACAGCUUUUACUGCAGCGGCCAGAGAUCGAAGCCGACUCCAAAGACAUCAAUGGCAUAACGCCACUGUCAUGGGCAGCAUCGAGUGGUCGCACAGCGGUUGUACGGCUACUAAUAGAUCGAGAGGAUGUUGACGCUGACUCGAAAAACAACCAUGGCAUAACGCCACUGUCAUGGGCAGUAUUGUAUGGACAUACAGCAGUUGUACAGCUACUAAUAGAUCGAGAGGAUGUUAACGUUAACUCAGAAGAUGAUAACAAAACGCCACUGAUGUGGGCAGCAGAGCACAGCCACAUAGCGAUUGUACAAAUGCUGGUAAAUCGAGAGGAUGUCAAUACCGAAUUAAAGGACUUUGAGGGCAAAACGCCAUUAACAGUGGCAGCAAGGAAAGGCCGAGCAGAAAUUGUGCAGCUGUUCGUUGAAUGAGAAGAUGUCCACGUCAACUCGACCUGUGUGUAUGGAUGGACGCCAGUCAUGCACGCCGCAUUCAUGGGUCACGCAAUGGUUGUGCGUAUCUUGAGGGAGCGCGACGAUGUCGUUGUUCUUCCGGCGCUGCGGAUAGCGAUGGAAUGUGGCCAUGAGGAAAUUGUACGGCUGCUUGCAGAGUGAGAGCCGUGUUUCGUUUCAGUCAUGUCUGCAGACAUCCGCGCAUGCAUUUGGACCUCCUCUGGACCAAAAGGCUCAAGCCGCGUUGAAUAUUGCGUCAUAUAACGCACAUGUAUAUCUUCCGUCCUUUAUAGCUGGUUCUAGUCAAGUUCAAUACAAGCAACUGCUGCAUAUUCCUGAC